AUGGGCAUCGCCGAGUCCACGCCGGACGAGCUGCCGUCGGACGCGGAGGAGCAGCUGCGCAGCGGCGAGCAGCAGCUGGAGCUGAGCGGGAGGCGGCUGCGGAGGCUGCCCAGCGCCGUGUGCGCGCUGAGCCGCCUGCAGAAGCUCUACGUGAGCGGCACGGGGCUGCGCGAGCUGCCCGAGGAGAUCGAGGAGCUGCGCGAGCUGCGCAUCCUGGCGCUCGACUUCAACAAGCUCGAGCGCCUGCCCGACGGCCUGUGUCGCCUGCCGCGCCUCACGCGCCUCUACCUGGGCGGCAACCGGCUGCUGGCUCUGCCCGCGGACUUCGCGCAGCUGCAGAGCCUGCGCUGCCUCUGGAUCGAGGGCAACUUCCUGCGGCGCUUCCCGCGGCCGCUGCUGCGCCUGGUGGCGCUGCAGUCGCUGCAGAUGGGCGACAACCGGCUGCGCGCGCUGCCCGCCGAGCUGCCGCGCAUGACGGGCCUGCGCGGCCUGUGGCUCUACGGUAACCGCUUCGAGGAGUUCCCGCCCGCGCUGCUGCGCAUGGGCCGCCUGCACAUCCUCGACCUGGACCGCAACCGCCUGGGCGGCUUCCCUGACCUGCACCCGCUGCGCGCCCUGCGCGUCUUCUCCUACGACCACAACCCGGUCACGGGGCCCCCGCGCGUCGCCGACACCGUCUUCCUCGUGGGCGAGGGCGCCGUCGAGCGCAUGGCAGAACGCGACGAGCCCAUGCCUCGGCCACCGCCCCGGCGCCCAGCUCGGGCCUUUGAGGAUGAGGAGGAAGAGGACCUACUGAUCGGGGGCGGUGGCUCCCGGGCUCUGGGGGCCCCCCGGGGUAGCCUCCCCGCCCUGGAAGCCGCUCCGGGACUGGGCACCUGAGCCUAUUCUCUGGGUGAUGGACUUUGGCCAUUCUGGGAGGAGGGGCUCUGGGAAGGUCUGUGGGAACGGCGGAUCCCUACCUUGGGGCAGUGAAGGGGCCACUUUGGGCCAGCUAUAGGGACAGGCAGGCCUGGGGGCCAUCUUUGCACACUCCUGGUUGGUAAGCAGCCUGCCACCUGGCUGAUCUCUGGGCAGUCCUCAGACUGGGAAGCCUGGCCCGGUCUAGUCGCCUAGGGCUCUGUCUAGUCUGAUAGCGUCGCUGACAGCACAGCGGAAAUGCUGGUCAGCGCUGUCCAGGGUAUCACCACCUCUGGCUGAGUCUGGGUGCCCAGCGUGCCACACCAGCCCUCCCUCUCCUGGAGUUUCGAUCUCCUAAAGCCACCCUUCCUGGUGCAGGAGCCGCUACCUCUGGGGUGGACCACAGGCCUGUGUGAGCCCGAACUGCCCUUGGAGGAGGGCCCGGGCCCCGCGCCAGUGCCCAGGACAGGAGAGAGCGGGAUUGGGGCCCUAACAUCCAAGCUGCUCUUGGCCCUCCACUGGGGCCCAUCGCACAUACCUCCCUUCCCAGGCCCCCUAAAACUUGCAUGGGGUAGGGGGUGCUUAGAAGGCAGGGUCUUUACUCCCGCCUCUGAUUCUGUUCUGUUCUCUCAGCUUGUGCCUGGAAUCUCGCUGGGAGCAGAGAGCUCUCUCUCCCUUCCCCACAGCCUGAGCCUUCCAGCUGUCAAGUUUGAGAAGAAUCCACUGUGCCUCUAGGGCCUCCUGCGCGGAGGAGAGAGGAUCUCUGCUCUGGGAGGCUGCUCCGGGGCCUCUCCCACUGCCUGCACUCUCCAUUCCCUUAAAUGGGCACAGUCAGGGUGGCUGGCACGGCGUGGGGCACGGGACAAGCACUGUGUGCCUCCACUCCGUCACCAGGGACAGCCUUAGGGGGUGAGGAGUGAGGUGCCGCUCUACAAUUCCCAGGGCCAGAUCUUUCCCAUCCAAGCAAUAACGGAAGGAGGGGGCCAGGGCGGGGGACACUCAGGGACACCGUCAGGGGCAGGGGCCCCACAUGGUAGUGUUUUCUUUAGGAAGAGAAAAAAAACUGGCUGUAAACAUAAAUUAUAUUUCUUGGAGAAAGAA